AUGUUCGAACCACAGAGAGCGAUAGCCCGCAAUCACAGCCAAAGCCGUUUGAUAUCGAGAUGCGAAUACCACGUGGCCCGAUACCUAGCAAUAUGCCAAUUCGGAACGGGAGCGGUCAUCCUCGCACUUGGCUACAUCCUCACCCUCAAAGAACCAAAAGCCAUUACCCUGGGAACCGUCGACGUUCGACCGUUUUAUCGCUGUUACUGGCCAAGUUUCUUACUUUUUUUUGUGGCGACCCUAUGUGUCGUGAUUUCGUCGACUUUCAAGCGGCAUGACGCUCCGUUCUACUUUCUCGUUGUCUUUUUCGUAUCUAGUGUUGUUGUCAUGGUAACUUGCCUCGCUGUCGGCUUUCUUGUGGCUCUGAUGGCAUCGCAUCUGUCGGCAUAUGACUUGGAAAAUUGUAUCACUCUGUCUGUGUCGACUCAGGGAUUGUUGUAUAUGGAGUAUGGACCAGUUUGUCUCUGCAGUCCUCAAAUCUUGAAUGGAACUCUUCCGACUGUCAAGCUGGUUGACUUGUUUGCGUUUAGUUCAGACUGUCAUCAGGCGUUGAGUGUCGUAGCGCCUCUUCUUAAGGCUGCUUCAUGUGCUAUACUUGUGGGUGGUGUUGAAGUUAUGUUGUCGACUCUUGUUGGUCGAUUUGGGUUUAGUUUCACGAAGAGGAGAAAUCAGUUGGAGCAACAAGAUCAACAGAACUCUUGAAUAUAUAUAUAUAUAUAUAUAUAUAUAUAUAUAUAUAUAUUAAGUAAUUUAAUUUUAUAAGUGACUACAAUAUAUUAAUUAGUGAAAUGUUGUAUAUACUAAGGUAUGUUUAGUUAAUUGUUGUUCAAUCUGCUGUCUCUGCAUGGACUCUUGGGUUGU